AUGGCGGGGGGACUGAGGCCUGCGACGAUGGAUAGUGGAGAUUGGACGUGGAGGAUGUCGAAGUGGCCUACGGAGGUGGUGGAGUCGGAUGUAGGGGAUCAGAGCUUGAGGUUGUCGAGGGCCGAGCUCAAGGCGUUCAUGCUCUCCUCGUUGCCAUCAACGACCACGAUCACGAAUCCAAGUUUUGGAGCUAAGCCUAAUGGUACAACGGAUUCCACCCAAGCUUUUGUGGAUGCAUGGUCUGCAGCUUGUGCCUCCAACGAUUCCACUACCAUAAGUGUACCAAAAGGGAGGUAUUUGCUUCCCUCUGCUAUCAAGUUUAGCGGUGACAAAUGCAAAACCCUAGAUAUUACUUUCCAGAUCGACGGAACGUUGAUUGCUUCAUCUGAUUACCGUAUUCUGGGCCAAGCUAACAACUGGCUCAGCUUCGAACGAGUUACCGGUGUUUCCAUCAUUGGAGGCACACUUGAUGCCAAAGGUACCGCCUUGUGGGCUUGCAAGUUAGCUGCAAGCACUGGUUGUCCCAACGGAGCCACGAGUCUGAGAUUUACGAACUCCAAAAACAUUAGCAUCAAUGGACUAACGUCAUUGAACAGCCAAAUGUUCCACAUUGUGGUAAACGGUUGCCAAGAUGUUUACAUUCGAGGAGUCAAAGUCAAUGCGGCUGGCAAUAGCCCAAACACUGAUGGAAUCCAUGUCCAGUUGUCAAGAAAUGUUGCAAUUUUCAACACAUCCAUAAAAACUGGUGAUGAUUGCGUCUCUAUUGGCCCUGGCAUGAAGGACUUGUGGGUCGAACAAAUAUCAUGUGGACCUGGCCAUGGCAUUAGCAUAGGAAGUUUGGCCAAAGACUUGGAAGAGGAAGGAGUUCAAAAUGUGACGGUUAGAAACGCAAUCUUCAAGGGUACUCAAAAUGGGCUGAGGAUCAAGUCUUGGCCUAGACCUAGCAGCGGCUUUGUCCAAGGUGUUCAAUUUAUUGACGCUGUAAUGCUUAAUGUCCAAAAUCCUAUUGUAAUUGAUCAAAAUUACUGCCCACGCAAUAUCAACUGCCCUGCUCAGGUUGGGACUAGUGAGGAAUUUGACGAUGCCACCACCGGUUGGUUGGGUCGUCUCCUGCCUGUUUGUCCAUUAGCUUUGGACUCUAGCAUUGUAUCUUUGGCAUUUAGCCCUGGUAUUGCAUCAGGUGUGAAAAUCAGUGACGUAUUGUACCGAAACAUUCAAGGAACAUCAGGAAGAGCAGUAGCAAUAAAAUUGGAUUGCAGCGCAACAAAUCCGUGCAGUGGGAUACGACUCGAAAACGUGAGUUUGACCUACCGGAAUCAAGUGGUUCAAUCACAUUGUACCAAUGUAAAUGGAAAUACUUCUGGCAUUGUUCAACCAAAUAGUUGUCUGUAA